GGAGGACAAAACGUAAAAUAGAAUUGGAGGAAGAUGAAAUUCCUUCCCAGAACUUCGCAUUUAAAAAAGCUCGACUUAAACCUGCUAGAAUUUCUCAACGUAAACGUAGAACAAGAAAUCCAUACAGUAAUCAAGUAAUGCACGCAGAAGAAAUGUGCGAAAUACCUUGCGAUUUGGAGGAAAACUGGUAUGUUGUCCUGUGUCCAGUAGGAAAACGUUGUCUUGUGGUGUCUGCAAAAGGCAAAACGAUUUGUCGAAUGCGUAACGGAUUUGUCAUGAACGCUUUCGAAUCUAAUUUACCUGCAGGUUCUAGUACUUAUUCGGGAAAUAAAACUACUGACUAUUGCAUAUUAGACUGUAUUUACGAUCAGACCACAUCCACAUACUAUGUUUUAGACAUGAUGUGUUGGAAAGGACAUCCUAUCUACGAUUGCGAUACCGAGUUUAGAUUUUAUUGGCUAAAUGCUAAGCUUGCGGAAGUUGACGCGCCAACUCGGGGAAUAUUGACACAUUUAUUUACUCCUCUUACAUCAUACCCUUGUAAUCAUGAAAGACUCAAAUCAUUGAUCUUACAUAAUGAUUCUUUUGGGUAUCGGCCUGAUGGAUUAUUGUUUUUUAACAAAAAAACCCACUAUGUUCUUGGAGACACUCCCCUUUGUGGUUGGGUUGAAAUGAAAAAAGCAAAUGAUGUUUUUUCUACUUUUCUUCAAGGACAUUAA